AGGCUCGGGGCGGGCCCGGGGCUGUAGCGGCGGCGCUGGCAGCGGGCCGGGGUGGCGGCGAGGCGGUGCGCACCAGCCUGGGCGGCCAUGAGGACCGAGGUCUCCACGGCGGCGGCGUUCGUCACCCGCCUCCUGCGGGCCGCGGGCGGUAUCGGCGAGGAGCAGCUGCGGUGCUUCCGGGAGUGCCUGCAGGAGGCGCUGCGCGAGCACUAUAAGCACCACUGGUUCCCCCUGGUGCCCUCGAAGGGCUCCGGGUACCGGUGCAUUAGGAUCAACCAUAAGAUGGACCCCUUGAUAGGAAAGGCAGCGGGGAUGAUUGGACUGAGCCACGAGAAACUCUUCCAGCUUUUACCCAGCGAACUGACUCUCUGGGUCGACCCUUUCGAGGUGUCCUAUCGCAUUGGUGAGGAUGGGUCUAUUUGUGUCCUUUACGAAAGUCCCCAGCCUGGUGGGAAGCCGACCAAACCGCUGGAGAGUAGGACCAGCUGUAAGGAGGAGUGGAGAAUUGGCAGAUCCAGCCCUUCCAAGAAUUACAACAUGAUGACAGUAUCUAGUUAAAAAUUACUAUUCCUUGUACAAUGAUGUAUGUAUCUAAAUCUCAUGGUAAACUUAAAUGUAACUGGUUUUUUUUUUUUUGUUAUUGUUGUUUUCUGUUGGGUUUUUUUUUUUUGUUUGGUGGUUUUUGUUGUGGUUUGUGGGUUUUUUGUGGUUUUUUUAAUUCUUUCACCCUACUGUCAUUAAAGUUGUAGUACUGCCAAGUUCUUUGUGGCCAAGGGCUAAUGUAUAAAACAAUUCUUUUCACUGCAUGUUACUUUCUGGAUUGUGUACUGUAAAUGCACUGUACAGUUGACUGUUUUACACCUUUAUAUUUUCAAACAAGUUUUGGUUAUUUGUAAUAAAAAGCAAUAUUGUAGCAUUCUUUACGAUGGAUUUUAGUCAAGAUUAGCACUUGUUAAAACAUUCCUGAAUUAUUUGAGCAAUAACACAAAAGAGGGGUGGGUAGCAAAUCUAACCAGCUGCACGUAAGUCUUCUCAGCGAUUUGUCUGCAGACUUCUCUCAGGGUCAUUUAAGUUUGGCUGCAAGGCACAAAUAACAAAAUAACUAACUCUUAUUUUUCCUUUUUCAAAGCAUGCAUUUAUUUGAGGGCUGGAUUCUGUCAUGCCCUGACAUUUUGACAAAAAGAAUUGGGAAAUUAGUUUGUCUUGUUAUUUCUAGUUAUUGGAGUAGACCAAUAAAGACUUGCCCAAACUGCU